GAGCUUCUUCGCAAGAAGAACUACUACUACAAGAUGGCGAAGAACAAAAUCAAAGAACUUCUCAGCUGCCAGAAGUGCUGCCAUCUUCGCAGGCAGGCGGCGCCCCUCCUCGUCCCGGAGCCAGCCAAGAAGAAGUGCACGCGGAAAUACAGAAGCAAGCGCAGGUCGACUCGGAUCUCGACUUAGACGCGGUUCUCUCAGAAGACGACACGUUUCCGUCGAAUCUUUUUCUUUUCCGCUAUCGCAUGUUUGGCCCCACGGAUUUCCUGGGCGAGUGGGCCGACAUCGUGAUCAAUUGGGAAAAGCAGCCGGGCCAAGAGGCCUUCCUGGACACUGUCACGGCCUGCAACGUUGGCCCAGUGCUCAUGCGUUUGUUCGCCAACCAGAAGAGGAUGCUCGAGGAGAUUAUCAAAUGCAAAUAUGUCUGGGUCCUCUGGAACAUUCUAAACUUGUGAUGCUGGUGUCUCUGGAUUCGAAAAAAAUUUGUAUUGCAUGACCAGCACGGGGACUCCAGUUUGUGCUACGCGGAGAGGGCAGUUCUCAUGCGGUAGAGGUAUCGCAAAGGAGCCCUCUAAAAAUCUGUGAUGCUCCGGCAUGCAUCACAGACAUCAUGGCUCAUGGAAAAUAUGCAUGACAAAUCUAGAAAUCUUCCGGACCCAGACAUUUUUGCUUUUGAUAGAGAUGAAAGCCAAGCCAGUGGUGCACGCCGCUGGAGGUGGGACGGAGCAAGGAAGCCAAAGCACCACCGCCACCUCGCGUGCAAAGCGACCAUCUCCUGGGAGUAA